AUGGCCACAGGUGGUGCCACCCCAGAUGGACUAUUCUGGUCGGUGUAUGAAGGCUGCAUAUCUGGCUACGAUAACUGCGUUGAGCGAAGACCCUACCAUCGUAAUUGUGGUUGUGCACUUCAUAACAAGUCUCUUCAUUGCACGCACAAGCUUCCAAGGUCUAACAAUGUGUCAUACCCUAUGAGGAGAGCAUGGAGUGAAGGAAGCUUGGUCUUGGCUGCUACUUCUUCUUCUCCUUCUCAAUUUGCAAAUGGGGGAAAAUAA